AUGAAUAUCAACAUACCAAAUCUCAUUAAAUCUGCUGUCCCAGAGGCCGAGGGCCGCAAUGUCCAGAUCCUCUCCGACAACAGAUCCAAUUACAGAGACGGGAACUUUCUCUCGGGCGACUUCCCACGAAACCCUCCAAAACUCUACAUCACAGGAGAAAAUGACGAUUUUGACGAGGUAACGCUGACGGAGUGGCGAGAUGAGGGCUUUGAUGUCGAGUACAUUUCAAUGGAGAGCUGCGGAGAUGGCUAUUUGAAAAAGAUCAAGUCUCUGAGCAGAGAGAAAAUGGCGCCAUGCGAAAAGUUUGGAAUUGUCGCCUAUGAUGACGCAGCAUCUGUGUGCCUGGAGCACUUUCAUAUUCUAGACAACAACCCAGAGUUCAAACUCGGCCUUCUCAUCGCUUACUACCCAACUCGCAUCCCAGACACAAAUGGCAAAUUCCCCAGCAGCAUCAGCGCUCUCGUGCAUUUCGCUGCCGGCGAGGAAGUAGGCGUCGUCAAGCAAUCACAGAUGGUCGGCAUCCAGGGCAAAAAACGCGUGAGACGAACCAAGAUCCAAAGCGGUCUCGGCACAGGUGGCAAGCUUGAUUUGGCGUAUCCUAGCUACACAUACGAAGCCGAGCCCGGUUUUGCGGAGCACGACCUUGAUGAAUAUGACGGUGUCUCAGCUGAGCUGGCCUGGAGCCGUAGCUUGGGUGCUGCGAGGAAGGUGUUUGGUAUAAACCCUGAUCUUGAGAUUGUUCUGGAAAACAAUUUGCAAAGCAAAUUCUUCUCCAAGAACCUCGGCCAAGCCAUGUCAACAUUCACAACACACAAGACUCCUCAUGUUACAUACAUGCCAACACUAACAGGAGCGACUGGUGCUGCUGAGUUAAAGCGCUUCUACUCCGAGUCAUUCACCACCCCUCCAUCGCUCAAGAUCACUCUUCUGUCACGCACCAUCGGAGUCGAUCGUGUAGUGGACGAGAUGCAUGUCCAGUUCAAGCACACCGAGCCAGUUCCCUGGAUGCUCCCCGGCAUCCCUCCAACCAACAAGAAGAUCGAGAUACUUAUGGUCAGCAUUGUGGCAGUAAAGGGAGGAAGAUUGCACCAAGAGCAUGUCUACUGGGAUCAAGCCGGUGUCUUGGUUCAAGCGGGGCUGUUGGAUCCCAAGCUGCUGUCGCAGUCUGCGAAGGAUCUGGGUGUUGAAAAGCUUCCUAUUGUCGGGCGCCGAGCGGCCAGGCGAGUGAGGAAGAACCGUGAUGGGAGCGAUGAUGAGGGCGAGGCAGAUAAUGACCUGAUCCCGGGAUGGAACAAGAAGGAUAAUGAGAAGAGUGGAUAG